ACCGCUAUACAGUCCUGAGUAAGAACUGAUGCCGACAGGUCGUAUGUGUGUGUGGGACCGCUUCUUGGAAACUGAAAUAUCGUGGAAAGAUGUCUGCCGAGGAAUGUGGAACGUAACGGAGGUUUUUAUCCAGUCUUAGAAGGAAAGGCUGCGCUAUUUGGUACCACCAUGGCGGACAGCGACAGUGUGAAAGUGGCCGUGAGAGUUCGACCAUUCAAUCAGAGAGAGAAGGCGGCCAACUCGAAAUGUAUCCUGUCCAUGAGUGGGAGCCAGACGGUCAUCACAGACCCGGCCACCGGCAACACCAAGAUGUUCGGCUUCGACCAGUCCUACUGGUCUCAUGACGGGUUUCAGGCGGACGACAGCGGAAUCUAUCAGGCUACCGACAGUAAAUAUGCCGACCAGAGACGAGUGUUUAACGAUCUUGGACAAGGUGUCCUGAACAACGCCUGGGCGGGCUACAACGCGGCCCUGUUUGCCUACGGACAAACCGGAGCGGGGAAGAGCUACUCCAUGAUCGGCUACGGCGUCAACAGAGGCAUUGUGCCCAUCACAUGCGACGAACUGUUUACCGCAAUCUCAAAGAACGAAGACAAAGAGAGGCAAUAUCAAGUUAGCUUUAGUAUGUUGGAGAUAUAUAAUGAGAAGGUCAGAGACCUUCUGUCAAAGGAUUCUAAGAAUCUAACUGUGCGACAAAGUCCCAAGCAAGGUUUCUAUGUAGAACAUCUCAAGCAAACCCCAGUGCAGAACUACAAGGAGAUAGAGAGAUUGAUGGACCAGGGCACCAAGAACAGGACCACAGCAUCCACCAACAUGAACGCCACCAGCAGCCGAUCGCACAUGGUCAUCACCAUCAGGUUCAAACAGGUGUUUAUCAAUGCGAGUGGGGAGAGCACCACCAAGAGCAGUGAGAUUAACCUGGUGGACCUGGCUGGCAGCGAGCGGGCCAGCUCCACUGGAGCUACGGGGGACAGACUGAAGGAGGGGUCAGCCAUCAACCAGAGUCUGUCCACACUCGGCAACGUCAUCAGUGCCUUGGCAGAUAACUCUAGUGGGAAGAAGAAGGUGAUGGUGCCGUACAGAAACUCAGUAUUAACCAAGCUGCUACAGAACGCCCUGGGAGGCAACAGUAAGACUAUCAUGAUUGCUGCUCUUAGUCCUGCAGAUAUCAACUAUGAAGAGACACUGUCAACACUUAGAUAUGCUGAUAGAGCGAAGAAGAUCAAGAAUAAUGCCGUAGUGAACGAGAGCCCGACGGACAGACUGAUCCGGGAACUGAAGGAGGAAAACGCUCGGCUCAUGGCCAAACUGCAGGGACAGGACAGAGGGGGGAAGGGCAGGGACGAAGAACUGGAGAGAAUGUUGCAGGAAAACGUUAGGCAGAUGGCAGAUAUACAGAUGACAUGGGAAAAGAAGCUGGAAGAAGCAAGGAGAGAAUGGGAGCAGUCACAAGCUCAAGUGUCGAAGGAGGACAUGAUGACUAAGGAGCACCCCUACCUGCAGAAUGUCAACGAGGACCCCUAUCUGAGUGGAGUGGUAAAGCACGCGCUGCCACCAGGAAACAACUACUUGGGGAAUUCAAAGUCUGAAACAGGCAACAGUAUCUUCAUCAGAGGACUUGGGAUCUUGGCGUGCCACGCGGUCCUGAGUAACAGUGGAGCAGAGAUGUCCAUAGAACCCGUCUCGCCUGACGCCAAGGUGGUCAUCAACGGACAACAGAUCAUGGUGAAAACACCCCUUCAACACAUGGACCGUUUGAUGCUGGGUUCGAACUGCCUGUUCCUGUACGUGGGGUACCCGGCGGACAGAGCCAGCCAGGGGGACACGAAGGAGUACAGCUACGACUUCUUCCAGCAGGAACUCGCUCAGAGCCAGGGCAUGACGGACCUGCUGGGCACCCCACGGCUGGGGGAAGGGGCGAAUGAGGCGAUGGACAAACUGGUGUUCCAGGACUUUGUGCAGCUGAUGCCCAAGGUGGACGAGGUCAACGCCAUGAGCAAGGACAUGAACAAGGCCAUGACAUUUCAGCCAAUCAUCAAGAAUCUGGCUUCCCACGAUUCACUUGGCAACAACAAGGAGAUGGAAGUGGAGGUGCUGGUCACCAACACACUAACCAACCAGGUCUGGAUGUGGUCCAAGGCCAAGUUCAUCAACAGGAAGUUCCUGAUCGAGGAGCUUUACCAGCAGUACAUGGAGGAGGGCAAACUGGACGUGGAACAGGCCAACGACCCAUUCUGGGAUCCAGUGGAGGAUGUCUUCCUAGGAAGUGCCCACGUCUGGCUGCAGAGCCUUGCCUACCGCAUCCAGGUAGAUGAGCAGAUCGAAGUGCACAACUACCAGGGGAAGGAGGAGGCCAUGGUGCAGGUGGUCAUCUCACCCGCCGACGCCCAGGGCAGACAGCUUCCCGACGCAGAAGCGAUGGUGAUUGACCCCUCGGAGCUUCUGGGGAAGAGGUUAGACUUCAUCAUCAGCAUCCCGCAAUGCCUGGGGAUGAAGUGGAUACAGGAGGAGAAGUCUAGAGGGUCCAUGUUUAGCUUCCAGUUUUACGGCACGUCGAACACGUACAGGUCGAAGCCGGUGUGGCACAGCCCCAACGCCAAGAUGAACUUCACACAGCAGUUCACCAUCAACCCUGUCUCCAUGGAGUUCCUACAGUACCUGCAGACACACGCACUGGUGCUGGACAUGUGGGGACUACAGGAAGGGCGUGAGGAUGACCCCCCGAGUUCCCCCCAGGACGGCUCAGACAACGGUUACGGCAGCAGCUCCACCAUCCAGGACGGGUCAAGGUCAUCUUCCUUCUCCGACUCUGACCUGGAACAGGUCCUGCACAUGAGAGAGGCAGAGAAUCUUGAGCUGAAGAAGCAGGUUCAGGACCUGGAGGCUGAGCUGGAGAAGCUGAGGCUGUCGGAGCAGGCUGCGAGGAAGGAGAAGUUCUCCCUGCUGCAGCAGCUGGAGAAACUGAAGACGGCGCAGCAGGUCCGUGGGGGAGGGGGGCGGCAGCAUAACUCUUCUGCAGGUAAGGCCACACCAAUUCAAUUUCUUGGUUAACGGAUUUUUCUAGAAAAAUAAUACACUGUCUCAUUUUUCAAGAUCUGUUGCUGAGCUUGCCUCAGAAUUCUACUUGACGGCUGGAGGAAAUACUCACUGAUUUCACAUUCAUCAACCUCCAGUUUUUCCAUAAGGCCACACCAAUUUAAUUUCUUGGUUAACGGAUUU